CAGUCAGUUAAUUUCCACCGUACAGCACAAGGUUGCUUUUCACCAUUGCAACUUUUUUUCAAAACAAAAUAUUGGUAAAAUCCUCUAAUUUCCCUCUGAUUACGAACUGGCUUGAAGACUGGAAUGAUUUGUUUGUUUGAAGAAUGUUGACGUUAGAGUGGGAGUCAGAGGGACUGCAAACAGUGGGUAUUGUUGUGAUUAUAUUUGCGUCUCUGAAGCUGCUUCAUUUGCUGGGACUGAUUGAUUUUUCAGAAGACAGCGUAGAAGAUGAAAUGGAAAUAGCCACUGUGCGGCAUCGGCCUGAGGCUCUUGAACUGCUGGAAGCACAGAGCAAAUUCACAAAGAAGGAACUUCAGAUUCUGUAUAGAGGAUUCAAGAAUGAGUGUCCCAGUGGGAUUGUUAAUGAAGAGACCUUCAAAGAGAUUUAUUCUCAGUUCUUUCCACAGGGAGAUUCUACAACCUAUGCACAUUUUCUCUUUAAUGCAUUUGACACUGAUCACAAUGGAUCUGUGAGUUUUGAGGACUUCAUUACGGGUCUCUCAAUUUUACUCCGAGGGACAGUACAAGAAAAACUCAGCUGGGCUUUUAAUUUGUAUGAUAUAAAUAAGGAUGGAUACAUAACUAAAGAGGAAAUGCUUGAUAUUAUGAAAGCUAUAUAUGAUAUGAUGGGAAAAUGCACUUAUCCUGUUCUCAAAGAGGACGCCCCCAGACAACAUGUGGAAACAUUUUUCCAGAAAAUGGACAAGAAUAAAGAUGGGGUAGUUACCAUAGACGAAUUCAUUGAAAGCUGUCAAAAAGUAAGUAAUGAUAAAUGUGAGCUAUUUAGUUACUUCCAUCAGCUGGCUAAAUGGUUGUCACAUGGUAUUACCAAUUAGGAUUUGGAUGUAAAGAUGUAGCUUACACUUCUAGGCACCUUUACAAAAAACUGGCUCUGGCAAACUGUUCUACAAAACAGUCAGUUACAUAUGCAAACAUAUACAAUAUUUGUAUGCAUAGAGGUGAUAGUUUUUGAAAAGCUAAUGUUCACCUAUUCUAUUAGUGUGUUUGCAUCCUCUCUUCCUGUGCAAAGCUACCAUGUAGUAGACAAACUGUUUGUUAUGUGAAUAUUUAUUUGAGUCUUGUGAUGGGUACAUAUCUGCCAGAACUCACAUUUAUUCACUGUGGGAUAACUGAAUGUGCUAUUAUUUAAGAACUUAUCUACAGUUAGACAAGACAGCCUUAUAAAAAUAAGUAUUAUUUUUUUCAUAAUAAAAUUGCAGAAAACACCAAAGCUACUUGUUAUUUGUACAUUGUACAAGGUUACAAGCUAUUAGAGGAGCAUGGUACAUACGGAGGGUGUCAUAACUACAUUAGAUCAAGUGUUGAGAUCCAAACCGGGAAAAGGGCAAGCAACAAUUGAUUAGACCACACAGAUUGAUUUUCUUGAGAAAAGAACUGUCAAUGGCUAUAACAAACUAAACCCAUCAAUUCUGUCUAACAAUAAAUACAGUAAAGUACAGUAUAUUUCAAUGGACAUACCAGCUCUAUUUGGAUUUUCUUGGAUACGGGAAAGGAUAUUAGGAAAAACAACAAUAAGAGUCAAUGUAUUGCCUUUUUGGUAUAUGAGAGAAGGGGGCCAGCAAUACAGAAUGGGUAAACAAGACAUGUCUAUCCAUGAACAACAAUUUAUAAACAUCUUGUAUCUCAAAAGCUGCACAGGAAAUAUAAAAGAUGGUAUGGACUUUUGUUUUUUUUUUUUUUUUACUUGCAUCUCUAGGUAUUCCAUGGGAAAUUCCUGUUGGAUCAAAGACAAGGGGAUAGUGAAAGGGUAUAGAGACCUAGUCAAUGAUGUACUACUAUUCUUAACAGCACUUCUCGUGGUGGCUGACAAGCUUUGGAUACCAUUGACCAUAGUGUUGAUGGUGUUCUUUGCAGUGGAUCCACUCCUAAGUUUGCAGUGUUGCUGAGUAAGUUUUAGUUCCUGGAGAGAUCUGAUAUAGGGUGCUGUAGGGUUUUAUCUUGUCACUUCUCUUGUUCAGUAUGGUCUGGAAGGCUGCUCAGGCAGACUGAUACCAGUAGGCAGAUGGCAUUCAUCUGUCCCCCUCUCAUUAAAUGCCAAUUCUGCUAUUUCCUCAGUGCCUAACAGAUUUGGAUAAGUCUGGGUAUAAAAUUACAGAUGGAGUCUGGACAAGAUGGCAAUGAUGCGGAUAGGUAGGAAAAUUCAUCUAUAGGAAUGGAGGAGAUUGUGCAGUAAGGGCUACAAUGUGGUUAUUUUCCAGAAUGAUUCAUGGCUUAAGCAGGCUGUUAUAGCCUUUGCUGUUUCUGAGUAAUCACAUAUGUUGGCACUGGGCAGUUAUAGUCCAUCUCUGAUUCAUAGCAUGAGUGACAACCUUUAAAUCCCUACAUACUUUGGGCCCCAGUAAUUUGGGAACUCAUCUCCUACAUCUUGCUGGGGCUGUUAGGGUGUUGGGCAUCAAUGCCUGGAACUUAGCUUUUCAAGACUAUCAGCAGAUAUUCUCAGUGUUUUGUUUUUCUCCAUACUCCUUAAAACCCACAUUUGAUGAGCUUCAGAUCACUCAAAAGAGAGCUUAAUGAUCAGCAUGGUUGGGUUAGAUAUGGACACUUUGUUGAGGCCAACACUAAAAAUUACAAGUGGCAACAUGGAAGAUGACACGUCAAGCAUCUAAUCACUCUUGGCCAAACAAUCUUUUUUUUUUUUUUUAAUUUCCAACUGUAUACAUCUAGCUUCGGUAUUGUAGCCAGACUUAAUUUCAUAGAUUCUAUCUUUAUUAUUAAACAAUGAAAUUUUUCACUGCUCAUUAUACUUCUUGCAAUAGGUUCACUCUUAUCUUUUAUUCAUCAAUUUUAGAGAUAAAACAAUACAUAUAUGAACCAAAAACUGAGAGAAAUUCUCUUCUGUAAAAUUAUUCUGUGUAACUGCAUUUCCACAGUGUGUUUCUGAAAUACAAUUAUUUCAGAAUAGCAGGAUCAAAAUCAGCCUUCAGCUGCCAAUGCCAGUACCAGCUCCUUGUUUUAUUUAAAAAUGGUUGUGUGUGUCUGUAUUAGCCCAUAUCACCAAGAUUAAUAUGUUAGUUAAUAUGCAUAGUGUGAAAUGCAGUUAUUCUGAUACUUUUCUAUAAUUUAAGAGUUGAUACUGUAAUUGUGUUUGCUACACUUGCCACCCAGCUAUAGUUGGAUAAUUGUACAUAGAUGAAACUAAUGUAGUUAGUAGUCUUCUACAGUAGUUAUUAACUUAAAAAACCCCUGUAACUUCUCAGGCCAAUAGCACUGAUUACAAUUUCAAUAUAUCAGCGGUCUUGCAUAACGGAUAAUAAAGAGAGCCCAAGAAUACCACUAGAUUUAAUUGCAUUGGUCUAAAACCCUAUACUAGCACUAUCGUCAGUUGUCUAACAAGAUAUCUGAUUGUUAUUAGCUCAGAAUGAAUAAAUUAUUUCGAACAGCCACUGAUUUAUAGUUGAAGUACAAAGCAACAUCACAAUGUUGAUGGAAUAGGAAGACUAAGAACAGAUUCACUUGUUCAUUUCCUAUUUCGGAAGUGAGAAAGAGUGUUGAAAGAAGCUUUUAAAACACAGGCUAGACCUAUGUUUAGCUGUCAGGCCCAACAUUUUCCUGAAAAAAGACUGUAAGAAGUGGGACAGCUGUACAGUGCAGUGGGUAAAAAGUGGGCUUGCUACCAUUAUGAAGACUGGUGUGCUAUCCUAUUAUUAAAGAGGAAAUUUGGACAGCUUUCCACACAGCAUCACAAGUCUAGUUGUAGAGACAUUUUUUUGCUGGUAGGUAAUUCGUAUUUAUUGAUUCUGUUUAGAACAUCAUAUAAAGACGAGUUUUGUUGUUGGAUUUGUUAUGAAGUAUUUUACUACUGCUUAUCACAUCUGACCUCAUUGAGUAGAAUGAAUAAUCAAGUGGAGGGAGGCUCUAUUGGCUGCAAUUCAAUCCAUAUAAGACAGAUAAAGUUGGUUGGGGGAAGGAGCCAUAUGAUUAUACAGAUAUAAUAUACUUCAGUGAGAGAGUACAAAUGCCGUUUGUUAAAUAUGGCUGCAGAAGUCAUGCGGUUUUAAGAAGACACUUGAUUGCUCCUAGAUGCCCAGGUUAUGGACAUGGACAAAUACACUUUCUUCUAACUGCACUUGCUGAGACAAGAUCAUCAUUUUCACUCCAAUGUGUCCCUUGCUACAGUUACCCUCACCUUGAGAUUAGUUUAUGGUAAUUAGCUACAUGCCAAGACCACUUGGAAACUAGAGCUAGAGAAGAACAUAGGCUAGUUUAUUAGGUGAAGUUUUGUGCUGAGAGUUUAUUGUCAAUAAGCUUUUGGGUGGAAUUCAAGGCAAGGAUUUUAACCUAUUAAGAAAGCCCAGAAUAAUUUAGGCCCUAAUUACAUGAGAGAUCACAGUUGAAACGGAGCUGGAGCUACCUUGAUCUAGGAGACAGAACGCUUCAUAGGAUACUCUCUACUCUUAAAUUCACUCUUCCUUUGGUCCAAACCUUAAGCACAUGCAUGACCAAAUUAUUUUCUUAGGUAUUGAGAGGUGGACAAUACGGGGUAGUUUUAAUGUGACUGCUGAGAGGCGUCAUCAUUAUAUUUAUUU